AUGUUGUUCGCUCAUUUUGCUUUCCUCGUCUCAUUUCUGGUCUUUGGGAGCCUCAGCGUAGCUACACAGACCCCGCCAUGUUUGGUGUCUGCCAUGAGGUCUCAACCGGAAUCUGAUAACCUCCAAGAUAUUUGUGCGACGAACGUAGGCAAAGUGUGGGCCAAGAUCGUGGAGUUUUGCGGGGAUGAGAGACAAUUGGCUCUGGAGCAGUUAAAAGACACCUGCACAUCUGCAGGCUACACAAUUGCAUACCUACCAACAACCUCGUCCGGCAUCGCAUCCCAUUCCACCGUUCUUUUCAGCCCGACCAAGCCUAGCUCCGUCAUAGCUAGUUCAACCGGCAUCUCCACUUCGAGCUCUGUCCCCGAUGCCAGCUCUAGUGCUUGUCCCAGCACUCAUCCUAAUGAGACCAUUUCGUUGGGAUCGGCUGACCGUGGCGCGUCUGCUGCUGCGUUUGCGGCCGUUGUUUUUGUCGGAUUUGCGGCGACGUUAUAG